AUGGCAUCAAAAAAAUCGGCCCUGGAUGACUUGCGCUCGCAGGUCCUCUCCCACACUGGUGCAGAAGAGCGUGUUGAGGUGAACCAACGCCAUCUCAUCGACAAGAUUUUGGCGAGAUAUUCUGCUGAAUUUGUCGUUUACCGAGAACUCAUGCAAAAUUCGGACGAUGCGGGAGCCAAAGGAAUUGAGAUUGUCUUUGAAACUGCAUCACCGAGCAAACAUGAGACGGUUCCCAAUUUAAGUGCCAAGAUCACAAGAGUACUCUUCAAAAACAAUGGAAUGGACUUUCGCCCUGAGGACUGGAACCGUUUGAAGAAGAUUGCUGAAGGAAAUCCAGAUGAAUCUAAGAUCGGUGCAUUCGGUGUCGGAUUCUAUUCGCUCUUCUCCAUUUGCGAGGAGCCCUUCGUGUCCUCAGGAAAGGAAUGCAUGGCGUUUUAUUGGAGGAACGAUCAGCUAUAUGCAAAGAGAGCGACGACCCCAGACGACCAACUCCAAAAGGAUGCCUGGACUACAUUCUUACUGGAUCUACGUGAACCCAUGGAUAUGGUCAACAUGGACGAGUUCGGUCCCUUCCUCGCACGGUCUCUUGGAUUCACAGGCAACCUACGCGACGUCUCUGUAUACCUGGAUCACCAUCGACUCCUGAACAUCUCCAAAAAGAUGCGAGAACCUCGCCCGAUGGCCCUGCCCAAGACCAUGUACACGAUCUCACCACAAAAGAUAUUCACACUAAAGUCAGUUGACUUGCAGAGCGUGCAGAUGGAUGCCACAAGGAUGGAAGUCUCACGGUGGACUCGCGAGGUCACGACAAGUGUCACGACCAUCUUUCUAAGAACAGCAUCAGGAAAUCUGGACGUCAAAGUCUCGAAACAGUUUUCAGCAGAAAUGGAGCGUACGACGAAAAAAUACCCACCGAGCCAAACGGCAAUCCAAAUCCUGUAUGUUGGACACGACGAGAAGCAGGCAUCUGCCGAGAACAAGACGAUAUUCAAGGACCUAGUGCCCUUCCCGGAACAGGGACGGAUAUUCAUCGGAUUUCCGACUCAUCAGACGACAGGGUUCUGCAGUCAUGUUGCAGGGCGAUUUAUCCCGACGGUGGAGCGCGAGAGCUUGGAUUUUGUCGACAAGUGCCUCCAAGUCUGGAAUCAUGAGCUGCUUUCUAUGGCAGGGUUGCUCUCCAGGGCGCUGUACGAGGAUGAACUCUUGCAGAUUGGCAAUCUAUAUAAUGAAAUGAUUCGCGCCCAUCAGAAACCAGACCAGCCAGAUGAUGAAGGCACAGCGACGGCAAGGGGAUGGCUGGAAAAGCGCGCACUUCAUGCAUUGCAGGCGUUCCAAUUUCACCCCAGUACGCCGAGUCCACAAGUCGGGCACUACAUUGACGCUUACUUUUUCAGGAUGUCGACUCUGGCUCUCUCGAUUUUAUCGUCGCAAGGCGUCAAAGAGCUGGACAAGGUCCGCAUUCCUGAACCAAGCAUGGCCACGUUCUUGACACAUACACCGACCAUUCCAACGAGCGUGUACACUGGCAGCCAAAAGUUCAUCGAAAAGCUGGAAAAGGCAGAAAAGGUUCAGAGGAUCUCGUUCAAAGACGUGCUCAAGGAACUGGAGAGCCGAACACUAACAGAGAUGCAGAUGGUAGCCAUGCUCAAAUGGUGGAUUGACUAUAGCGCAAAGUAUUUACUUCCAAAUUCGGAUGUCGAUGCAUUCUUCCAACUGGCGCUCGUCUGUUCUGGUGAUACGGUUAAGCCCUUAUCGGCCCUGAAAUGGUUUGUCAACCCGAGGGUGACUCCGACCGAUAUGCCGCUUCCGCCCAACACGAUACCGUACGAAAUUACAAAAACGUUCAGUCAGCCGGAGUUGUACAGGAUCUCUGGGGCAUGGCAGGAACUCAAUUUGCUCGAGUGGACGAAAUUUAUUGUGAACGAUCCAGAAUUGGAGCUUUCGCCUAUAUUCGCUGAAAAGGUGCUUCUUAUCCUGUCGCGCGGCUGGAUGCAGCUCCAGGAAAAUCAGCAGAGAGCCGUUGUUGCGCUGUUGGCCCAAAAGAAGUGCAUUCCCACUAAGUACGGCAUGAAGGUCCCGAACGAGUCGUAUUUCAAGACCGUGACCCUAUUCCCCGACCUUCCAGUCAUGGUAUUCACAAAGCAGCCUCUUGAGAAGUUGUUACUGACUAUUGGUGCUCGAAAGAGCGUCGAGCUGCAGCUGGUGUUUGACCGAUUGGUGAAUGCUGGAAGCUGGGACCAUAUGCAGCUCGUGAAGUAUCUCACGUCUGUAAGGGACACGCUCUCGUCGGCCGAGAUCAAGCGACUCAAGGCGACAUCCAUCUUCCCUAAGGAGGACUCUGUCAAGGACACAUCCGUGAUUUCUCCACCCCCACUUCCUCCAAAGAAUGAUAGCGCUGCGCCAGAGUCCUCGGCCACUCCUCCUCCGGUGCCUAUUAAGCGAUACGCCGCCAGCGCGCUUUAUGUUCCUACUGAGGAGCACAUAGCCCUUGGCCUGCCUGUGAUUGAGUGGAAGGGUCGCUGGAGGUCUACAUCGGACGAGGCCAAGCUGCUGCUCGAGCUUGGACUGAUGACGCAUCCUUCGCUGGAUGUCUUACUCGCGUUGGCUACACCCCCGAACGAAAAGGACAUUCAAGUAAAGACGCUACAGUACCUUCUCGAGAAUUUCAAGACCUUGUACGCAUCUCAGUACAGUCCCAGCAAAAUCAAGGUUGCAUUUCUGCCGACGACCACCGGCACUUUCGAAACACCAGACAGGUGCUUUUCGAACCCAGCCUGCAGUGUUAUUGGCUUCCCGGUCUUGCGCGAGGAUUUGAGGGUGCAUGCACCGAUGCUGCAUAUUAAGGAGAAUCCUGACGCAGUCAAGCUUAUCGAAAGACUUUCACAGACACCUCCUCCUACAAAAGAAAAGGCGCGGCAAGUGUUUGAAGUCAUGAACAAAUUCCAAGGAGAGUUCUAUCAUCAACACUGGAAGGCGAUGAGCACCCUUAAAUUUAUUCCUAUGGACGACUCUGGUACUUCGUUUAUGGAGCCCCAAAAUUGCUACUUUUACAAGAAAGAUUCGGCAUUCCAUCCCGACCUCCUGCCUACGGUCGAUUUUGGGCGGGCUGCAAAUUUGUUCCUGAAGGGCUGUGGCGUCAAGGAAGAACCGACGCCAUUGGAGUUGACACAACUAGUCGUGCGAUCCCCACAGGAUUUCUUGAACCGGAACGGAGGCGUCGAGAGCUACAAGUCUGUCUUGAGACAAAUUGCCACACACAUGCAUGUCAUCAGGAUGAAGCGGUCACUACUGGAGGAGAUGAUUCGGUCACCGUUUUUGUUGGGCGAGAAGAGAAUCAGCCAGGACUUUGAUGAGGAGAUUUUGAAAACUACUAGUGGCUCUGACAGCAAGGAAGGCGACUCCGAAAAGGACGAGGAGUCCUCUGAUACGAAUACAGGUCAGGUUGUAGUCCAGUACAAACUGGCGCGGGCGAGCGACAUUUAUUUGAUCGACGACACUGUGCUUCAGCAGAUCUUCACGCCUCUCAGCGCGCCUAUGGAGUCUCUAUUGGAGUCGCUUUACGAGUCCCUCGGUAGUACUUGGAUUUCGAAGCAAGUUAAAGAAACCUAUCGACCCAAGGGAGCCCUGGCAGCGACGCGUCGGUCAGAAAACCUACAGGAGUUGAUUGUUGAGCGUGCACCGCUGCUUCUUAGCGACCAUCCGCCAAAUCGACUUAACUUUAAUCUGGACUGGUUGACGACGAAACUGAAAGUGCGCCAUGUGCCAGAGAUUCAGCUGCGACGAGAAUUCAUCCCAACUAGUGCAGUCCACGUCGAGUCGACAACGGCAUGUAUUGUCCAGGACCAGGCGAAAGCGUACUAUCUAUUGGUGACAGAUAAGGGAGAUAUGGACUAUUUCGAUAUCGCGGAUGCGUUGGCGAAGCUAUUAUUGAAGAAGAAGAAGCUGAACGACUCGAUCUGGUGGUCCAACUUGCUUUUUACCAGCUUGUUGAACCUGAAGCGCAAGGGAUUCCAAGUGGACCGAAUUCUGAAUGCGAAAAGGGCGGAGAAGGCGAGGAUUGAAGCAGCUGCCAAAGCCGACGCUGCUGCUGCACUGCAGGCGGAAGCCAGCAGAUUAGGUCCUAGGCAGCUGGCAGAAUACCUUGCGCAGCUGAAGGAAGUCUUUCCAGACUGUGACCCAGCCUUUUUAGCGGACGCCAUCUCAAAGGAGACUCAAGAUCAUGUGCAGCGGGUUACGAUGAAGCUCUUGGACUCUGGAUAUCCUCGUAUCAACAGCGGUAAAGACAUCAGCAAUGACAGAGCAGCAUCAGUGCCUGGAUCAUUCCCAGUACAGGAUUCAGCCGUCUCUACUAUUUCUACGCUGCCUCCAACACCGCCUGCGAAUGUCAACUCGCCAUUUGGUGGCGGCGGCGGCGGUUCGUUUUUCAGUCGCCUGAAGAGCAUCAGGGAUACAGUCAUUGGGCGUCCUGUCUCGACUUCUAGCCAAGAUGGAACGGCCACUGGUGUUGAAGGCUCAGGAUCAAGUAGCUCUUUGGGCAGCAAGGGAGUUCUGUCUCCCCCUCCGCCUGCUACGACAACGACCGUCAAGGGGUUUACACCGGACUACCAGCAGAACCUAGAGCAGUCGCUCAGGGCCGCAGUUUCAAACUGUCGGUCGAACGGGAGAGACGAUAUCAGAAGCGAGCCUACAGUGUCGCAGGUCUCAGAGGUCCUCACCAAUUCGUACUGUGAUGUCAAGCCUGGCCACCAGCUGAACUUUGUUGGCCAUGCUGGCGAGCUCGAGUUUUACCUAGACAAGAGCUGUGAUGCAGACCAGAUUAUGACCAAGGAGAACCUCAAAUCUUUAGCACGGUUUGUGGGGCUGUUGAUAGUCCUGGCACAGGACGUGUUUGGACUGGAUCCGAAGACGAUGCAUGUCUAUUACGAUCCAGAGGGCCAAGCAAUUGCAUUCAAUCGUGGAGGGGCCCUAUUCUUCAAUUGGCGGUAUUAUGUUGCGCUUGGACAUGAUGAUAGCGCAGGAUUGGCCAAGAAGCACGUACAAGGACGAGCUGUCAGUGCGAGGGAGGAGGGAUUAAUCUAUUGGUUUUUUACGAUGGCACAUGAACUGGCACAUAAUUUUGUGGGUGACCACAACAGCAAGCACGAGUUCUACUUUUCCUCGUUUUGCGAACAGUACCUCCCAGCGUUGAUGGUUGCGAUGGCAGCCAAGCCUGCCCUAGAGUCGAGCACAGCAGCAGCAACAACCUCCAACAUCAUGGACACCCCUCUGCCCAAUUAG